AUGAAAUCCGCCAGCAACCUGUUUUUCCUCUCAGUGUUUGCCCUCUGGGCGGCACCGGGGGCGUGUUCGAGUUCUACAGACUCUUGUUCGUUCUCUCCGAACGCCAUCAUCGACGAUGGAUGCGUCUCGUAUGCUACGCUCGAUAGACUCAACGUAAAAGUAAAGCCGGCGGUCGACGACCUUGUUCGCACGACCGAUUUCUUCUCGCAUUACCGCAUGAAUCUCUUCCACAAAACAUGUCCAUUCUGGAAUGACGAAGAUGGCAUGUGCGGUAACAUCGCGUGCGCCGUCGAGACAUUGGAAAAUGAAGAGGACAUACCUGAAAUUUGGAGGGCUCACGAGCUUAGCAAGCUGGAGGGUCCUAGAGCGAAGCAUCCGGGCAAGAAAAUGCAGAGGCAACACCCGGAUCGACCGCUGCAAGGAGAGUUGGGAGAAGACGUGGGGGAAAGCUGUGUGGUUGAAUACGACGACGAGUGCGACGACAGGGAUUACUGCGUCAUGGACGACGAAGGCGCAACCUCCAAGGGAGACUAUGUCAGCUUGUUGCGGAACCCGGAGCGGUUUACUGGAUAUGGUGGUCAAAGUUCAAAGCAGGUCUGGGACGCCAUCUAUUUGGAAAACUGCUUUAAGAAGAGCUCUUUUCCCAAAUCCGCCGAUCUUGGCGUUUCCCAUCGGCCAACCGACCCUGCUGCCUUGGAUUUCAAGCAGGUCUUGGAUACGGCCGGCCGCCAGGCCCAGCUUGAGCAGCAGCGGCAGAGCAACCCAAACAUUCCGUUCGUUGCAAACACUGGUUACGAAGGCGAGGAUGAGUGCCUGGAGAAGCGAGUCUUCUACCGAGUAGUCUCGGGAAUGCACGCCAGUAUCAGCGUACACUUGUGCUGGGACUUUUUGAACCAGAGCACUGGAGAGUGGCAGCCCAACUUGGCUUGCUACGAAAGCCGACUGCACGGAUUCCCCGAUCGUAUCAGCAAUCUGUACUUUAACUACGCCCUCGUAACCCGCGCCGUUGCGAAGCUCGCCCCCUAUGUUCUUGGGCCGCAGUACACCUUCUGUGCCGGGGACCCACUACAGGAUCAGGACACUCGAGACAAGAUCUCUGCUGUGGCUCAGCACGCAGCCAGUGUCCCCCAAAUCUUUGAUGAGAGUGUCAUGUUUGUUAAUGGCGAAGGCCCUUCUCUCAAGGAAGAUUUCCGCAAUCGCUUCCGCAACAUCAGCCGAGUCAUGGAUUGUGUUGGCUGCGACAAGUGCCGCCUCUGGGGCAAGAUCCAGACAAACGGCUACGGAACGGCUUUGAAGGUGCUCUUCGAAUUCAACGAAGGCCAGAAGCCCCCGUCCCUCAAGAGAACUGAGGUGGUGGCCCUCUUCAACACAUACGCCAGACUCAGCUCAUCGAUUUCCGCUGUUGGCAAGUUCCGAGCCAUGAUCGACAUGCGCGACAAGGCAGAGUCCCAGACAUUCAAGAGCCCCGAAGAUGUCUGGACGCUCGUGGACGAGGUUGACGAAGACAUGAAUGAGUUUAUCAAAAUGCGUAAUCGCGGAACCCACGGCGAUACGGUGGGCGAGCAGGUUGGAAACGAGUUUGCCCGUGUCAUGAAGGCAGUCAAGAUUGUGCUCAAGAGCUGGAUUCGAACACCUAGAAUGAUCUGGGAAAUUGUCUCGGAUGAAACAUUGAGGGUAUACCGUGCUUGGAUCGGUUUGCCUCCGCGCCCCAGACGCUAUGCAUUCAGGCUCCCGAGCUUGGAUAGAGACGAGUUAUAA